AGGCUGCCUGCCCGCCUGACGUGUGCACCAGCCUGCCUCUCCUGCUGGCCACCGCCUCCCCCCACCCCCACCCUGGUGGCUGGCAUCCCCACUCUCAGUCCUGCAGCCUGGACUGUGUCCUCCGUCUCUGAGGGGCCGGGCCGGACACUGGACCCGCCCUCCCAUCCCUGGGCACCACUCCUUCCUCAUUUUGCUGCUGAUUCUAGCCCCAAACAAAACAGGUUGAGCCCUUUUCCCCCCUCCGGCAGCUGUCUCUGGCUCACGGCUGCCUUUUGAGGCGCUGCAGACGGCGCCGGCCGAGGAGGGGGGCCCUGAGCCAGCCCUGCCGGCCCUGGGACAGUGCUCCUGGCUCCUGGCCCUCGUUCAGCCCUGUCUGUGGCAGGAGAGCAAGCUCUGCCGUGGCAGUUGCCUGAGGAUGAUGCCCCAGCUUCAGUUCAAGGAUGCCUUUUGGUGCAGGGACUUCACGGCCCACACGGGCUACGAGGUGCUGCUGCAGCGGCUGCUGGAUGGCAGGAAGAUGUGCAAGGACGUGGAGGAGCUGCUGAGGCAGAGGGCCCAGGCAGAGGAGCGGUACGGCAAGGAGCUGGUGCAGAUCGCCCGGAAGGCAGGUGGCCAGACGGAGAUCAACUCCCUGAGGGCCUCCUUUGACUCCCUGAAGCAGCAAAUGGAGAACGUGGGCAGCUCCCACAUCCAGCUGGCCCUGGCCCUGCGCGAGGAGCUGCGGAGCCUGGAGGAGUUCCGAGAGAGGCAGAAGGAGCAGAGGAAGAAGUUCGAAGCCGUCAUGGACCGUGUCCAGAAGAGUAAGCUGUCCCUCUACAAGAAGGCCAUGGAGUCCAAGAAGACGUAUGAGCAGAAGUGCCGGGACGCUGACGACGCGGAGCAGAUCUUUGAGCGCAUUAGUGCCAAUGGGCAACAGAAGCAGGUGGAGAAGAGCCAGAACAAGGCCAAGCAGUGCAAGGACUCUGCCAUGGAGGCAGAGCGGGUGUACAGGCAGAACAUCGAGCAGCUGGAGAAGGUGCGGGGCGAGUGGGAACAGGAGCACCGGGCCACCUGCGAGGCCUUCCAGCUGCAAGAGUUUGACCGGCUGACCAUCCUCCGCAAUGCCCUGUGGGUGCACUGCAACCAGCUCUCCAUGCAGUGCGUCAAGGACGACGAGCUCUACGAAGAGGUGCGGGUGACACUGGAAGGCUGCAGCGUGGACGCUGACAUUGACGGCUUCAUCCAGGCCAAGAGCACGGGCACCGAGCCCCCAGCUCCGGUGCCCUACCAGAACUACUACGAUCGGGAGAUCUCCCCGUCAUGUGGCAGCCCCGGUGUACAGCCAUCCUGUGGUAUGAUAAAGAGAGUUCCGGCGGCAGCUCCUUCGCCCUUGGGGGAGGCUGGAGCACAGAAGUCUUGGCGCUCCCGAGGCUCCGCAGGGAGCAGGUUCUCUGGGCUACUGCACGGAAGUCCCAAGAAUGCUUCGCCAGCAGCUUCUGCGGCCUCCACAGAGACCCUGACUCCUAUCCCCGAUCGGAAUGAGGGUGUCUACGCUGCCAUCAACGUGCAGGAGGCACCAGGACCCCCCACCCUGCCAGCCCAGGACUACAGGGCGCUCUAUGACUACACAGCCCAGAAUCCUGAUGAGCUGGACAUCACUGCAGGGGACAUCCUGGAGGUCAUCCUAGAAGGGGAGGAUGGCUGGUGGACGGUACAACGGAACGGGCAGCGUGGCUUUGUCCCUGGCUCGUACCUGGAGAAGCUUUAAGGAAGGGGCAGUAGCCCACAUCUGGACCUGCCCUGCCCAUGGGGCCGGCAGUGCCCCCGUCAAGACGGAGCCUGCCCUCCCAGAAAGGGUGCUGGCCGCUCCUGGGCAGUCUUUCCCACAGGGAAUAAAGGACUGCUUUUCCCCCUC